CUAGAAGUCACAUCUGGUUUCUGUGGCGCAUCCACGCCGCCAAAUCAGCCGCGGGCAACGUGAUGUCGUCGCCUCGAGGAGACAAGCUGCCAUCAGGAUGGACACGUGUCGAUAGCAAGAGCCGUCCUGGGGAGUACUACUACUUGAACAAGAAGUCUGGAGAAAAAACGUGGAAACUCGCAGACAUUGUAUCCAAGGAGUCCAGCAAGCGCAAGCGAUCAGCCGACGAAUGCAGUGGCCCCAACAAAAAGCACAGCGAGUCCCAGGUCCAAGUGAUGCAUUUACUUGUAAAACACGUUGAGAGUAGGCGCCCGGCGUCAUGGAGACAAGACCCAAUCACGCGCAGCAAAGAGGUGGCACGGUCACGUUUAGAAGGUCUCAGAGACCAAAUCCUUCUUGCUGGAAAGAAUCAAGACAACCCGAACGCGUUGAAAGAAAAGUUCCAAGAGCUUGCCACUACCGAAAGUGACUGCAGCAGUGCGAAGCGCGGCGGGGACCUGGGCAAGUUUGGCAAGGGGAAGAUGCAGCCGUCAUUUGAGAAAGCAUCGUUCGCCCUUCGUGUCGGUGAACUCAGCGACAUUGUGGAGAGCGAUAGUGGACUUCACAUCAUAUUACGUACUAAGUAGUCGUGCGGAAGUCGCUGAAUGCAGAACGCUCGCUCUCUUGGAGCUUUUUGUCUGCGAUCACAGGGGACAUUGUGAACAGAACUAUGUUACUACAAUGCAAAUAUUUGAGAAA